GGUCUUUUCAAUAUAUUCCUGUACUAAAAACGUUGCAGCAGGUUUUGAACUGUGAGACUAUCCUAAGCAGUGCAGUUAAUUUGAACGAGAAACUUCAAUCAGUGUUAAGUGAGAAGCAGGUUUACAGAUGUCUCUGGGAUGGUGCAAUUUUUAAAGAAAACACACUUUUCUCAAAUGAGUGUGCCGUUUCCUUAAUUCUCUAUAUAGAUGAUUUUGAGGUGUGCAACCCCCUUGGCACAUCGCGUAAAAAACAUAAAAUCUGUGCCAUAUAUUGGAUUUUAGGCAAUCUGCCACCUGGUUCUCAUUCUUCGUUGUCAUCAAUCUACUUGGCUGCAUUGAUUAAUAGUGAUGAUGUAAAGUUGUAUGGAUAUGACAUUGUUCUAGAACCUUUGAUUAGUGAUAUCCUUAUUUUGGAACAACAUGGAAUAUUUGUGCCCAAGUUAGGGAAAUGUGUAAAGGGAACAAUUCAAUGUGUUGUUGCUGACAACCUCGGUGCCCACGGUAUUGCUGGUUUUUUGGAGAGUUUUUCUGGUGCAUACAUUUGUAGGUUUUGUACAGCCACGAAAUUAGAAAUUCAAACAAGGGACGUAGGGAGUGAAGCAUUCUCUUUGAGGACAGAGGAGGGUCACGGAAGACAUCUUAAAACCCUUGAGGAAGAAUCAUUGGUCAAUUGUUUUGGUGUUAAGAGGAGGUGUGUUUUGUCGGAAAAACUUACUCAUUUUAAUGUCACUACUGGCUUUCCACCUGACAUUGUUCAUGAUUUAUUUGAAGGAAUUGUUCCAGUUGAAGUAGCUCUGUGUCUCUCUGUGCUCACCUCGAAGUACUUUACUUUGAACUUUUUGAAUGACUCUAUAAAAACUUUCCCCUUCAAGUGGACUGAUAAAGCAAAUUGCCCCCAUCCUGUGCCACUGACCUACAAAAUUAGGAGAACAGUUGGUGGCAAUUCUCACGAGAAUUGGAGUUUGAUCAGGUUUUUGCCACUCCUCCUCGGGCAGAAAGUGCCUGCUGAUGAACCUGCCUGGAAUCUCCUCACUGACUUAAAGGACAUUGUGGACCUUGUUGUCACACCGGUGCAUACUGAUGAAACAAUAGCUUAUUUGAAUUUCAAAAUCUCUGAGCAUAGAGUGCGGUUCAAGGAGGUUUUCCCAGACACCAACUUGCUUCCUAAGCAUCACUUCUUAGAACAUUAUCCACAGCUAAUUCGUCAGUUUGGCCCUUUAGUUUCUCUUUGGACUUUACGAUUCGAAGCGAAGCAUAGCUUUUUUAAGAGAGUUGUGCGGCACACUCGAUGCUUUAAAAAUGUGUUGUUGUCCUUGGCACAGAGACACCAAUUAUCCAUGGCACACCAUAUUUACACCUGUGGCUUUCCUAAACCUCUCCUGGAAGUGAAAAAGUUCUCAACUGUUAGCAUUGAUGUCCUGAAAGAUGAUAUUGCACGGGCUGUGAAACACAAGAACCCAAACGUGAAGGAAGUGUCUUUGGCCGAGAACGUCACCUAUAAUGGAUUUAACUACAGACUUGGAAUGAUCCUUGCUCAUGGUUCACUUGAAGGAAUGCCUGCAUUUAUUGAAAUCAUCCAGAUGGUGGUUCUCCAAAAGGAGUUGGUCUUCAUUGUUAGGAAACUAAGUGCUUGGUACCUGGAACACUUUAGAGCCUAUCAACUUGAAAUCUCGCCUACAAAGGAGAUAGAAGUUCUGGAGCCAUCUCAACUGACUGAUCCUUACCCUUUGGCAGACUACACAGUUGGGACAAUGAGGCUUAUCACCCUGAAGCGAUAUAUUCACGUUUAAGGUUUGCAAGAGUCAAUAUCUCUUAUAUGUUUUUUCCUGUUGUGCAGCUAGUAGCAGGGGAGCUCGAUCGUGGCUGGACAUAUUUUUUUCAGGACUUUUCCUAUGGUAGCACUCAGGAACCUAGAGCUUUAUUUGGAAAAUGACCGGAAUUCUCCCUUAAAUGAGAAAAUGUUAGUUGAAAUGAAAGCCUAAUGUCCUAAUUUUAAGUGUCAAUAAUUUAGUUAUACCUAUUUCUUUGUUUGUUUAUAUUGUUUAAUUUGUCAAUCUGGUAUGGGGUUAAUGGGUACCUAAGGUGUCUCUCCCUCUCUUUCCCUCCCACUCACAGGAUCUCUAGACAUGGCGAGUGUCACACGGCUCCUGGUGAUUUUAGAAGAGGACAGUUGCAUCAAGCUGGAGCUUCCGAAUGGCAUCCCUGGCUCCGUUGACGAAGUCAUCGAAGAAAUAAAGAAUAUUUCUGGUCUAACUAAUGAAAUACGGCUUCAGUACUACGAUGCUGACUUCAGCAGUUGGGUUAACUUGACUAAAACUUCAGACCUGAAGGAUCUUGCCACUUUGAAGGUUGUUCAACCCCCCCCUGUGACAUUAGUCUUUGAGCCAGUUGACCUCUCUGUGAAUGAGGCCAAUGUUCACAGCCAAGAUGAUGCAAGUAUCUCUUCAUCUGCAUGCUCAGAUGAUACAUUACCUGUAAGCGACGCUUCCUCGGACACCUUCAGAAAGGAGCAGUGGCCCAAGGUGUUCAUCAUCCCUACUUUCUCACUUUCCACAGAAUCUCAACUUAAGGCUGGAAAUGCAGAGUAUCAGAGCAACCAGGUUAGACUGACUCCCAGCUCUAAAAUGAUUUCCGACAUACUUGAAAGACUCGCUGACAAAGUCUAUUCGUACAGAUCCUAUCCUAGUGAUGCAGACUUGAGUGAAGUGGCACAGGCGCUCACACAGACACACCCCUGUCUGAAAGAACCAGGGUCCUUCAACCACAGUUACGGAUGGAAACAGAGGCUCAAGACGAAGAUGUAUAACUAUCGCACAUACCUAAAAUCACACAGUUCAUCAUCUGACGAGCUGACUGUGAAUUCUGUCAAAAGAAAAUCCCCCACCGACGCCCACCCAGCAAAGAACAUAAAAAAACCCAGGAGAGCCGAGUCUAACCAUUACCCAUCUCUACCUCAUGGCGAGACCCCUGAGUCCAUGGAACAAGAGAGAAUAGCCCUUUUGACUGAAGUAAAGAAAAGGAACAAUGGCAAAACAAUAAGAGCGAAGAUGGCUCAGACGUUCGCAUUUCGGAGGCAAGAAAUUGUCAACAAGAAAGCAUCUUUGGAGGAUAUUAUUGAGAGAUGGCCAGCACUCUUCGAAGUCCAAGAGAUAAAUGCAGAGUUCCACAGAGUAACCACAAUACCCCUUGAAGCAAGGUUCAUGGAGAAACUUGACGAGAAGUGCAUCGAACUGAUUCAGGUUGUCAGAAAGAAGGGUGGAGCAACUCGGGAGAAGACAAAGCUCCUGCCAGUUGUAGAAAAGGAUACUGAUAUCGGUACAAGGAGGGAGAUCGCUCUCAAAUGUCUCAUCAUCAACAUGAGAGAAUCAAUGGAUGAUCUGGUCCAAGAAUUCCUGGUGUCGGAGAAGGAAGAGGCUGAACACAUUCUUCAGGGGGCAACCAUGGCAAUCUACAUCAUCAGAGAUGCACAAGCUGCACCCAAAGACAUUGGCAUUAUACUUGAGGGACAAGAGGUUGUGAACGAGUUGCCGUCUGUCGCAAAUGCUGUCGCCAUUCUCAUGGGACUCCUUUAUGUUCUCAAUAUGGAAUAUCCAAAGACAUUGAAACAGACAUUUGAAUAUAUCCAGAAAGUCCUCAUGGAGCUGGACCCGAAAGGCAUGACCACCAAGGUCAAGAAGCUCUACGACCAGCUAUACAGUACAGCUUAGUUGCAUCGUAACAGUAGCAAGUAAAGUAGCAUUAGUCAGUAGUAGUGUUUGCUUUUGCAGCUGACUAGCUGGCAUACAUAUGUGGUGUGACUAAUUUGAGAGCUGACUGACUGACUAGAGACUUGACUGACUGACUGACUUGAGACUUGACUGACUGACUUGAGACUUGACUGACUGACUUACUUGCGCCUUGACUGACUGACUGACUUGAGACUUGACUGACUAACUUGAGACUUGACUGACUGACUAACUUGAGACUUGACUGACUGACUGACAUGAGACUUGACUGACUGACUUGAGACUUGACUGACGGAUUUUACAUUUCAGCCAGGUUUGGCAUCUCACUGUUAAUGUCUUGGGAUUGUACACUGUUUGGUUAUAUCAGGAGGAUUUUACAGUUCAGCCAGGUUUGGCAUCUCACCGUUAAUGUCUUGGGAUUGUACACUGUUUGGUUAUAUCAGGAGGAUUUUACAGUUCAGCCAGGUUUGGCAACCCACCGUUGAUGUCUUGCAAUUGUACACUGUUUGGUUAAAUCAGGACGACUUUACAUUUCAGCCAGAUUUGGCAUCCCAACGUUAGUAACUUGGAACACUGUUAAUUUAAAUCAGGGUUUUGACUGUUUUUGAAUUCCAUUUCUCAAGUGUUAAAUUACAACCAUGCAGAUACCCUGUAAAAUGUCAUGUUUUAUCAUUUUAUAAGUUAGUUAAUUGAUAUCAAUGUGUCAUGAGAAUUAUUGAUAUAUAUAUUUUUUAUUAAACAAAUAAUUUCUAUUUAGUUUUAUAUUUUAAAUGAUAAAUAUUUGUUUGAUAAAAUAUAUAUCUUUUUGAUUGGAUAAAGCAAAUAAUUUCUAUUUAGUUGUGUUUCUGAAAUAAUAAAUACUUGUUUGAUAAAAUUAUAUCUCUUUGAUUGGAUAAAACAAAUAAUUUCUAUUUAGUUGUAUUUCUGAAAUAAUAAAUAUUUGUUUGAUAAAAUAUAUAUCUUUGAUUGGAUAAAACAAAUAAUUUCUAUUUAGUUGUAUUUAUUAAAUGAUAAACAAUUGUUUGAUAAAAUCUAUAUAUUUUUGUUAGAUAAAACAUUACAUUUAAAUUAAUUGGCUUCCUUUUAACAAGAAAAUAUGAUUUUGGCCAAGUCUUAAAAUAUAGUUUCCAUGGACAUAGAAAAUACAGUUUGAGACAAGUUUUAUUUUUUCAUUGGCUCAACUUAUACAAUAUAGAUGUGAACUGUUACCCUAAAAAAUUUUAAUUAGUUGAACUAAAAACUUUUU